AUGGAUUUUCUUCAUAGGAAUGGAGUGCUCGUUAUUCAACAUUUGCAGAAGGACUACCGAGCUUACUAUGAUUUUCUAAAUUUUAUGUCCAGUGUUGGAGACCCCAGGAAUAUCUUUUCCAUUUAUUUUCCACUUUGGUUUCAACUUAAUCAGACAGUUGGAACCAAGAUGAUAUGGGUAGCGGUCAUUGGGGAUUGGUUCAAUCUUAUAUUUAAAUGGAUAUUAUUUGGUCAUCGGCCUUAUUGGUGGGUUCAAGAAACUCAGAUUUACCCAAAUCACUCAAGCCUAUGCCUUGAACAAUUCCCUACUACAUGUGAAACAGGUCCAGGAAGUCCCUCUGGCCAUGCAAUGGGUUCAUCGUGUGUCUGGUAUGUCAUGGUAACAGCUGCCCUGAGCCACUCUGUCGGUCGGAUGGAUAAGUUCUCUAUCACUCUGCACAGGCAUGCUGGUGGCAGAGGCCUUUGA